GCGUCUGGCACCGGGAUCCUCCGCGCUGCCGCUGCUGCAUGGAGCCGCCCGCCUGAGAGCCGCCCCGCCCCGCCCCGCCUCGCCUCGCCCCGCCCUCUCUCCAGGUGAUGCCGGUGACCAGGGUGACGAUGCCGCCGGCGAGGCGACGGCGGCCGCUGCUGAUGGAGGAGGAGGAGGCGGCGGCGGGGGCGAUGGGCUCAGCCGCCCUACCCUGCCCCUGAGCGGCGGGGAAGCGCCAGCGGCCAGCUCCCCCCAUCCCCCAGGAUCGCUCGGCUCCCCCCCGGCCACCGUCUCCCCCUCUCCGUCCUCGAUGUCUCCUCCGCGGCGCGGAGACCCCUUCGCCGCCUCCCCGCCCUCUCGCUCCUCACCGCCGCAUCCCUCCCGCCCCGCGGUCCGGCGGCUGCCGGACCCCGCCCGGCGGCGGCACCAUGAAGGUGGAAGCGGGGGACAACUCCAUGAUCAACCUGUCGGUGCAGCAAGUGCUGAGCCUGUGGGCUCACGGCACCGUCCUCCGCAACCUGACGGAGAUGUGGUACUGGGUUUUCCUCUGGGCUCUCUUCUCCUCUCUCUUUGUCCAUGGUGCUGUGGGAGUAUUAAUGUUUGUGAUGCUGCAGAGGCAUAGGCAGGGGAGGCUGAUCUCUGUCAUUGUGGUCAGCAUUGGAUUUCUGGGUUCUAUAACUGGAGCCAUGAUAACCAGUGCUGCAGUAGCUGGAAUUUACAGAGUAGCAGGGAAGAAUAUGGCUCCCCUAGAAGCUCUUGUCUUUGGUGUUGGACAGACAGUACUGACAUUAAUUAUCUCAUUUUCAAGAAUUCUUGCAACGCUUUGAGACUUAUGUAGAAGGGGGGAAAAUCAACUAGUCUUAAGGAAAUCUUUAAUAUGAGGAGAAGCUUCCUGGAAGUGGAUUCAUCAGCUUAUGAACUUGAAUUCUUGUGCAAGAGAAAGGAAGCUAUGUGGAAAGUGCACUACAAAUCUAGAGGCUCAGUCAAAUGAACAGACUGUCCUCUAGUGUUGGAACUGUUGUACUUCUGCACUGCACCUCACGUGCCUCAGUCACAGGCAAGGUGCAAUCCUGGUGUGCGGAGUGGAGAUGAAGCACCUUGAACAGCUGCCAGUCAGGUUAAUGCUUGGUGAUGGAAUCAUUGUUCUUAACAUGUAAUAAAGUAUUAAGGAGUGGUCCUGAAAAUUGCUGUAUGUGCCAAACUUGGAGUUUAAUUCUGAGCAGGUGGCUGGGUAAGUUUUGAAAUAUGGCAGAGUACUGUGAACAUACACAAUUCUCUUUGAGCUCUAGUGAAAUAGUAAGAUAACUGACUUUUGUAUUAGCAGAAUCUGUUUCAAUGCUGAAAGUUCUUGUUCAGCAUUCAAAACAACUGUUAGAUCUGUUUCAAAAUGUGGAUGAAUUUUGAUGGGGCUUAAGAACCACAGCUUUAACAACCCUGAUAUAAUUAGCACUAUGUGAAGAAUGGCUUAUGGCAGUUUUCUGAAGCUUAGCACAUUUCUUCGUGACUUUAGCCUGUCAGAAAUCAGGAGUUUAAGGAGACUGUAUGAAGGUUACUAAGUACAAUCUGUUGUGUAUGCACAAACAAACCUUAAAUUGAUGUUUUCCUUGAAAUUAUUUUUUCUUAAACAUACAGAUGGUUAUCAGCCAUUCUGCAAACCUCAGAAAGGAUAUUUGUUGCAAAUAAGCUCCUUAUAUUUAUUUAAGCAGUGAUGGGACACUUAACCUUACAUAUAUUCUGUAAAGAACACACAAAUAUAACAGGCUCUCAGACAAUACACCUAUGAGGAAAAUGGAGAGAGGUAAAAACAUGAUAUACCAUUUUUCUACUGAACAAAAAUAUUAAGUUUAAUAAAAUAAUUGCUAUACUCCAAAAAUUUGGAAGUGGGGCAGCACUAAUGUAUUUACUAUCUUGUUUCUGAACACUUCAAAACUUUGGAAAGAUUAAGAUACCUGGAACUUUCAAAUACUUAGCUUCCAGUAGUUUGUACUUUUCUAGUUUAAAAGGGACAGUAGUGUUGUGUAUGUGGAAUGUCUUAAGUGUGUUUUGGAGUAAAUAGAAAUUUUAGGUCUAAUGACUAUUUACGAAAUACAAAAUUUAAAAGACAAAGUUCUAUGAGGAAUAAGGAAUCUUUUACAUCUUUCCUCAUCUGAAUGCUUUUCAGCAGUUGGCUCUGAAUACUGAAAGGGAGAGUAAAUUGCUCAAAGGUUUUGCUGUUAUGAUGUCGAAAAGAUUUUCCAGGCUGUUGAAAACAGUGGGCACCUACUGCACAGAUAAAACAAUAUGGUUAAAAUAUAGCUUAAAAUGCAGUCAUUGCUUAGUGCUUCAAAAAUAACAAAUUAACCUGUCUGCCUUUAUCUUACCCCACAUAUUUUUUUUAAGUACUAAGAAAGCUAAUAUUAUUUGUUUUCUUUAUAAGUAUUAUUUGUUUUCUUUAUUUAAGUCUUGUUUGUAAAAUGUACCAGUUAUGGGCUUUGCAGGGGACAAGUUAAAAUAUAGGUUUUUAAACAUUUUCAGUGUUAUAUUUUUGACUUUGAAUUGCUUUAAAAAUGUGGCUGAAUACAUAUACUCUCAUUGUUUUGAAUGUCUUCAAAACCUUAUUUUUGUAGUUUGUUUUUUUGUCUUGUGGCUUUUACAUUCUGCUUAUACUUUUUGGCAAACAACCAUUGCACUUUAGUAGACAAUGAAAUUAUUACAACUGUAAAAAGCAAUUGAAACUUCUCCCCAUUGUCUUAAAUUGUGAGAAAACUGGUUUCAGGUAUUUAAGUCAAAUUGAAUAAUAAAAUAAUUGAAGAUAUUUCUCCUAAUGUGCCUUGUUACGUAUAUAUUUAGGGGAGAGGAUUAAAAAAAACCCUGUUACAUCUUCAUUCUUGUUCUGUUUUGGUUAUUUCAAUUUCAUUUGGUUGCUUGAUACAAUGUCUUAUUCAACAGACAUCAAACAUUUUGUUUGACAACCUGGAAAUGCUUGUCUGAAUCAAAACCAACCAUAUAAUGAAGGACUGUAUUCUGUAGUUUAGAUUGUCUCCACAUUAACUCACACUGAAAAGUCUUCCCAGGUUCCAAAUUUCCUUGAACAUCUCAACUCGUAUUUUUUCUAGAGGCUGUUAUGCUGCCAAUGAUCAAUGACUUGCUGUCUUUCACUAGGUUAAACUGCAGCAGACUACUACUAACUGAUGAGAUACAUAUACUUUUAUUGAUGAACUUCAUUUUAAUUACAGUGCCAAUGAAAUUGUUGCCAUUGUAAUUUUCCUUUUUUUGCAGGAGGCAUAUUUGGAGGUUUUAAGUUACCUUUCUCCAAGUAAUUUUCAUUUCUUAGAUUGUUAUAAUCACUUUUAAAAACCUGUGUGCUUAGUUGUCUCUGCAUUGUAUGUCAUUAUUGCCUGGCAACAAGGGACAGGCAGAUAAUAUAAUGCUUAAAUGGCUUAACAGAGACAAAGCUUUAUUUGACAGAAGUUUGUUUUCAGCUGUUUCUUGUGAGGAAUUUAUGAGGACAAAUAGUUUGUCCAUGAAGUAUUCUUUGAUCAUAACAUAAACGUACUGCAUAAUAACUCCAACAGUGAAAGGAAGUAUAAGUGGCCUUAUGUCUGCAAAACUUCUAAGUUUCAUUCCACAUCCCUAGAAAGACCAUUGUUAAGCCUAAGGUGCUUUAGUCAGUGCAGUUUAUGGAUAUAAGUGUGCAUGUGUGUAUACAUAUAUAUAUAUAUAUAUGAAUGGUGGCUUUGCAGUGUUUUAUACCUGACACAUACUAACAACUGAAAUAACUUUUCCAAGAAACAUAAAAUUACUUUAGAUAACCUUCCCCUCCCCCCUGCCUCGCUUCAUUAUUCUAUGGAGAUAUCUUGUGUGUGAAUGGCACUGACGGUACUCUGGUUCCCUUUGGACAAUACAGCGUUGUGCAGAUGUCCAUAUGGGCUGUUUUAGCACUAUCUUCAAAUAGCCCUGCCUGUCUCUGCGUUGUAUCACUAGGCACAUUCUGCUUUGUGCAGAACAAAUAAUGCAUCAACACAAUUUAGUCUUUGGAAGAGGUGGGAGUACUGAAUAUGAUAUUUAAUGUGAGAGAGCUUCUACUGCUUUGUUAGAAACUACUGUUAAAGAUUUAAACAUUCCACACACUUCCAGUUUAUCAGUAUGAUCAUAGAAUAUCAGGUUGAAAGGGACCUCAAAGAUAAUCUGGUCCAACCUUUCUUGUCGAUAGCAUGGUCUAGACGAGAUAGCCCAACACCCUGUCCAGCCAAAUCUUAAAAAUGGCCAGUCAAUGUUGGGGAAUCCAACACUUCCCUGGGGAGAUUGUUCCAAUAGAAUUAUUCCAGUCUCCUACUGGAAUCUCACAGAGUAACUUGUACCCGUGACCCCUCAUCUUUUCCACGUGACUCCUUGUGAAAACAUAACUAUGCUUCAAAAAUUGGAAUAUGGUGGUAAGUUCCUCCCUAAGCCUUCUUUUCUCAAGGCUGAACCAACCCAGUUCUCUGUCUUUUCUCAUAUCUCAGGCUUCCCAGGCAUCGCUUAUCCCUGUGGCCCUUCUCUGGACCCUCUGCAGCCUGUCCAUGUAGGCUUUUUGUGUAGCAGAGACCAAAACUGCACACAGUAUUCCAGGUGUGGCCUGACAAGCAGCCUGACUAGAGUGGGAUAAUGAUGAUUUUAUCUCUGUUGGUGAUGCCAUUGUUGAUACAGUCCAUCAUCCCACUGGCUUUCUUUGCUGAACAGCACACUGCUCACUCAUAUUGAGCUGCUUGUCCACCAGGACGCCCAUGUCCCUUUCCAUAGAGCUGCUACUCAGCCAUAUUGAUCCCAGCCUGUGCUGCACUUCUGGAUUAUGUUUUUCCAGGUGCAAGACCUUACACUUAUCCUUGUUGAACUUCAUAGGGUUCUUGUUUGCCCAUUCUUCCGGCCUACGUACAUCUUUCUGCAGGGUGACUCUUGCUUCUAAAAUGUCCACUUCCCCACUCAGUUUGAUAUCAUCAGCAAACUUUGUCAGGAUAUGCUUGAUCCCGUGGUCCAGAUCACUUAUGAAGGCAUUGAAGUGUUGGGCCCAGUAUCAGUCCCUGGAGGGCCCCACAUGUGACAGGUUGCCAGUUUGCAAAGGAACUACUUGCCACCACCCUCAGGGUGCAGCCUGUUGGACGGUUCCUCACCCACUGCACAGGCCUCUCAUCUGGACCGUCACACAUCAGUUUCUCUAGGAGGAUGCUGUAGGAAACCACAUCAAAAGCCUUGGAGAAGUCUAGGUAGACAAUGUCCAUCACUGGUGCUAUGUCCACUGAGCAGGUUACUUUGUCAUGGAAGGCAGUCAGAUUCGUCGAGCACGAUUUGCCCUUGGUGAAUCCCUACUGGCUCUUCCCAAUCAUGUGAUUCAUCUGACCUGUGGUAACCCCCAGAGGAUUCAUUCCAUAACUUUCUUAGGGACUCUAGUAAAGACCGAUGGGCCUAUAAUUUCCUCAAUCCUCCUUUAAGCCCUUUUUGUAGAUGGGGGCUCAAGCUCCUCUGACAAGUUGCACACCAACUCUUCCUUCACUGUCUGAGAGUGUGGUCUGUGUUUGCAUCAACUUGGAUUUCUGUGUCCCAGGGCUGGGGGCCUGGCAGUGCUGAUAAAGAUGGAGGGGAAGGAAGGAAGUGUUGAGAAAAUCUCUGCCUUUUCAGUGUUGUUGGUGACUGUUCAACUCUCCUGUUUUAACAGGGUGCUGAUAUUUUCUUUCUGCUUUCAUUUACAUACCUGAAGAACCCUUUCUUGGAGUUUUUGACAUCUCUGGCCAAUUUCAAUUCAAGAUGAACUUUUGCUUUUCUAACUGUAUCUCUUCACACCCUGUCAAUGUCCUUAUAGUUCUCCAUGGCUAUUUGUCUGCUUUUCUAUCUCUGGUACGCUUCUCUUCAGGCUGUGAGCAGAUUCAGAGGUUCACAGUUAACCCAAGGUGGUCUCUUGCUCUGCCUGCUUUCCUGACCUUAAAGGGGUUGAACUGGUGUUAUGUUUCCAGGAGACUGUUGUUGAAAAACUCCCAGCACUCACUAGCCCUUUUAUCCUCCAUGAUGACCAUGGCAUCCCUCUCGACUGAGGUCUGAGCAUGCUGAAGUUUGCUCUUCUUAAUCUAAAAUGUAUGUCUUCAGCGUGCUCAGCAGGAUCCCAAACUCCACAAUACUUUGAUUGUGGCAGCCAAGCCUAUCACUAAGUGGAAUAUUACAAAGCAGGUUUUUUUGGUUUAUAAGUAGCAAGUCCAGCAGUGUCUCAUUCUUGGUUGGCUCAUCUAAUAUUUGUAUUCCAAAUAUGUGCUCUAUGUAUUCCAGGCACUUGAUGGUUAACAUGUGAGCUGCUGUAUUGUUCUUCCAACAAGUCUCUGGGUAUCACUCAUAAGAACCAGAUUCUGGUGACCCAAAGCUUGCCUAAGUGACCCAAAUAUUGCUUUGUUGGCCUUAUUGUCUUGGUUUGGAGGUCAGUAGCAGAUGCCUUCAGUAAGAAUCGAGGACAGCCUCUCUGAUCUUGACUCAGAGGCAUUCCAUAAAGCUUCCACAAAUACCAUGCAUAUUGGUAUACAUACAACUUGAGGUGGUUAGUCUUCUGGUUCUCAUCUUGGGAAUCAGCUAAGGAAUAUUUGUCGCUGCUCUGAUUGGCCUGACCUAUUGCCGAGAUCAAAAAAUUUUGUUUUGACUCAAAAACUGCAGCUCUAUUUUAGGAAAAAAAUCUUCCAAGUAAUUAUUGUCAUUCAUCUUGUGGUAAUUUUGAUAUUAUUAAACUAAUCUCAGUACUUGAGUAGCGAUGAUUUGAUGUUUGCUGUUAACUUUUUUUUGAAAAAAAACCAAUAAUUUAACCAGUUUUGAACAUUUGACAUGGACCAAAGAGAGUAGUCCUGAUUUUGUCUAAAAUAGCUUUCUAUUUUUGAAGUACAAUGUUUUUAUUAUGCUAAGGGAAAUAGUAUUCCUCCACAACAUAUUGCAUUUUAUUAUUUGAUAUUUAUUUUGCUUACAAUCUGUAGUUGAAUGCUGUUGUGUGGGGCUAUAAGAACUGAUGUAAUUGUUAUUUUCUGUUUUAAUUUAUGUAUUUCACGCACUAGGCAUAUUCUAAUAAUGCCUUUCCUGCAUUAAAUCUAAAUAUUUUAUCAUGAGCACAUUAAACUGCAUGGUUUUGUACACAGCCAUUCCACAUCACACCUGUGUAAUUCCAGAUAAGCAGACACAAUAGUAUUCCUAGGUGCAACGAAGUGUGGAUGAAUCAGUUAGGGCCCCCCUCCCAAAAAAAUUAUGUGACACUAAUAAGGCUUAAAAAUGCAAUUGUAAACAUGAAAAUUUUUUUAGUUGCUUUUUUGAUUUCUAGAAAUAGGCUUUUUCAUUGUAUGUGUAUUUCUGUUAAGGGGGAAAAUGUGGAGAUUGGUUGUUAGAUGGCAACUGCAACAUAAUCUAAUUCCAAGCGAUUUUAGUUAAAAUGAAAUUCUGAAUUUUGUUCAUAAAUUAUGGUGGAGUACUGCAUACAUAUAAAUGCUAGAGCAUAACUUUAUUUCAAAGUUACCAGAUUUUAACAUAAAGCUGCAUGAGCAUAUUGAUGGGAUACCUUUUCAAUUAUUACUUUUUUUUUUUAACCUCUAAAUUGGGAGCAGCCUAAGGUAAAAAGACUGUUUAAAUCAUCAGCUGUUUCUUCAGAAGGCAUAAGUGUUCUUUGUGUACAGGUGAAUUUAACAGAGCUGAAAAAGGUCAGUGGGAAAAGCAUUCUGUACUUUGUCCCAGGAGUGAAGUCUUUAGCUGGGCUGCAUUAGUUUGUAUAUUUAACUGCACAUCCUUUUGGGGAAAAUUAAGUUAUCAUGGAAGGUAGGAUUCAACUUGAGUACAUAUGUUUGAUAUCUUGUGAGUGUGAAAGAUUAUGUACUGACAGCACAAUGCUAGCCACAGUUGUGCCUGAAGUUGCACUUGAAAUCACUUUGUGCAUUAAUUUAAAAUCUAAUCACAAAGAUAUGUUAAAGCCCCUAAAGAUGUAUUACUGCUUAGAGUAUUCUCCCAGUGUAGCAGGUGUAAAAACAAUUAUGCUCUAAAGCAAUGAUCUAAAGAAGUAUUUUCUUUCAGGAACACACAGUUUUUGCACUGCUAAUUGUUCAUCUUGUAUUUACUGAAGACUUUAGGAAGUUACUACCUGAAUUUGACAGAAUUUGUGAGUUGUUAAAAGGAAUGGAUAGCAUGUCCUUUUGUGCAUCUUGUGUGAACUGAAAAAAAACAACAAGUAUAAGGCAAAGUAAAUACUGAAGAGAUAUUUUCAAUAAAAUAAACAAUACUUGGUUGAUACAAAUGGCAUUGAUUUUGAUUUGAGAUCUGACUUUCUAAGUUUACUUGAGAUAUUUGGUAUUUAGUAUCACCAUUGUAAAAUCUGUUUCUGGAUUAUCCAUCAUUAUAAGGUAUAUUGAUGAAACCAUGGGAGCUAAAAAUCUAAAAGCUUUUAAAAUUACUUGGCUGGAGGUUUUACUUGUUUGAAAUGUGCCUAAUUUUUAUACAGAUAAUGAAGUUCUGAAGGUCCUUAAUAUUUUUGGGGUUUUAAGGGAUAAUCAGGUAUCUAUGUAACUAAACUUUUGACUGUGACAAUAUAUAGAAUAGCACAUAAUUCUUCAGAAAUGCUUACAGAAAGCACUAAGAAUAGGUACCUGUUUUACAGUUAGAAAAAGACUACAGUAUUUAGCAUCUGUAUUGAUAACUUUAACAGUUGUACUAUAAGCUUUACAAAUCCAAUCAGCAUUCUAACCUUUUGCAUUUGGCUGAGCAAAUAAGGAGAAGAGGAAAACAGGAAUUUGAAAAAGUUUAAACACAAAAAAGGUAAAAAUAUCCAUUAGUCCACUGACAAAAUUGUGCUCCUUCAGUGUGGUUUUUCAUCAAGCGUGACUUAAACAAUAGAUCAUACACAAUGCAGCAUGGUAUCGCCCCAUAAGGUGUGGAUAGAAUGCAUUCUUCAUAUUUGUAUUAGAAGUGAAUGUUCGUAUCUUCAUUUUAUGAAGUUACCUAAGCUGAAGGGUUGAGACCUAUGCAUUGUUAUGAAGUUCAAAGAUAGCAAGAACAGUGAUGGAGAAGAGUGAUUUAACAUGUAUUUGAUCUAUGCUUUGUACAGGAUUAUAUUACACUGUACAAAAGAUAUUUGUUCUGAGUUGUGGAUGUACUGCAUGCUCAUGUAAUAGUUUAGCUUCAAUUAAAAAAAAGCGUGACAUUUAAGCUGUAAAUACUGUACACUAUUAUCUUUCUUUUUUUAAGCAACUUUUUUAUUUCCCUGUUUGUGUACAGUUCUCUAUGUACAUAUAAGAAAACACAACAUUUUGAGAAACUUUUGUAGUUAACUUUUGCAUUUUAAUUCCAUUAAUUAUCUAAAUAUGACCAUUUGUCUAUUUAGUUCGAAGUUUUCAUUGUAUGGUUUCAGGUUCUUUUAAGAACAGCAAUAACAGUUGGGCAAUUACUUAAAGUAAAACAUUUUCCUGCACGAUUUCCUCUUCCAUGGUUUAGAAUGGAGUUACAGUGGAACACUUGUCCAAUUGUAAGAUUUAAAGGAUCUUUAUCUUUUUUUUUUCUUUUUCAUGGUAGGAAAUGUUUUGUAGUGGCUUAUAUACAGAAUUUAGAAGUCAAACACAAUUUCUUGUGCUAGUUGAUUUGAUUAAAAAUUUCUAUUAAAAUAUUUCCAUAAACUUUCCAUAGCUUAUUGCAUGUUUUUCCAAGUAAUCAUGAAGUUGUGUGUCAACCUCUGUAUGAAAUACUCUGAUAACAAAAGUUUUACAUUUUGUGAACCUGAUAGAAAUGUACAAAUGUACACAUAAAAUAAAGCUAAAAUUGGUAAUUAA